UGCGUGCAUCGCUGCUCCCGCACUGUCCGGCGCCGACGGCAGCUCCUCGCUCUCUCUCCGUUCCCCCGACGCCCUGGGGGCAGCGAGCCGCCAUGGAGAGCGAGGCGAACGACACCUUCCUGACGUCCUGCGGCGGGAGCGAGCCGCCCUACGCUCAGGAGCUGCUGAGGAGCCUUGACCUUGCUGGUAGAUUUCUCUUGGCAAUCUUGACUCUGAUGACACUAAUUGCCGAUCUGGUAUUUAUGGAAGAAGUGAUCUACAUCUACAGGAAAACCCCCUCCUCCAAAAGAUCCAUUUUAAUUUGGAUAAAUGCUGCAGCUCCAGUGAUUGCUACAACCUCAUGCAUUGGCAUUUGGAUUCCUCGCUCAACAAUGUUUACAGAUUUCACAGCAUCAGUAUUUUUUGCCAUAGUCAUCCACAAGUUCCUGAUGAUGAUGAUAAAAGAGUGUGGGGGCCAAAAGCUGUUCCUGAAACGGUUUGAAAAUGGUCACUUCAAGAUCAGCACGGGGCCCUGCUGUUGCUGCUGCCUGUGCCUGCCCGGUGUGCGCAUCACUAGGCGAUCCCUCUUUUGGCUGAAGGUGGGCACCUUCCAGUUUGCUUUAUUUCGACCUGUUUUCAUGUUUCUGUCAACAGUGCUUUGGACCAAUGACAAUUACAGCCUUUCCAAUUUAUCUCCCAAAGGAGCUGCAAUAUGGAUUAACUGCUUCGUUGCUAUCCUUACCAUUAUUGCUCUGUGGCCAGUUGCAAUCAUGUUUCAGCAAGUUAGAGUUCUCCUUAACCGUAAGAAGAUCAUCCCAAAGUUUGCUCUUUAUCAGUUUAUCCUCAUUCUGAUCCAGUUGCAGACAGCUACUAUCAGCAUUUUGGCUAUGCAAAGAAUUGUCCCUUGUGUUCCACCACUCUCUUCUUCAGCAAGAGGAGCAUAUAUAAGCCACCAGGUCCUCAUCAUGGAAAUGUUUCUAAUAACUUUAAUGUCAAGAGUGGUCUAUCGGAGAAGAUACAAGGAGCUUGACCCUCCAGAAUGUAUCAGUGAAGAAGCUGGGGUCAAGAAGCAGGCUCCUACCAUGAAUGUUGCAGUUAACGAAGAUGGAUUGUCAGGGUUUUAGAGGCUUCCAAUGCUCCUGUUCUGCAGCAGCUGGGAGCUCAGCUUCAGGAGCCUCUUUCACUGUGUAUAGCCACAGUGCAUGUCAGAACAACUUCUGACAGAAAUGCCUGUGAGCUGUGCUGAAAGGGCCAACGAGUGGAAAGAUAAGCCUAUUUAUUUUCCAGUGAUAUGUACAUGGUGUGUUUUCAAACCAUGUACUUUUAUCUUGUUCUUCAGCACUUGAUGGUAAUCAAACCAUCUCAUAAUGUGAUUUUUUUUUCUUUUUUUUUAAAUUAGCUAUUAGAAUCUCUGCAAUUUAAUGUA